AUGACCGAUAAACUGUGUCACGAAACUCCAAGCAGUAGCCCCAUCAAUUCCUCCUCUUCAAAACUCCAUAAAACAGAGACCCCAAAACAGAGCAAGCCCAAGAGAAACAGAGACCCCACCAAGCAUCCCCUUUACCACGGCGUACGAAUGCGCAAUUGGGGCAAAUGGGUAUCCGAAAUUCGCGAGCCACGCAAGAAAUCACGCAUAUGGCUCGGAACUUUUGCCACGCCCGAAAUGGCGGCGCGUGCGCACGAUGUUGCGGCUCUGACAAUUAAGGGCCACACGGCGAUUCUCAACUUCCCUAACACAGUAAACAUGCUUCCUAGACCUGCCACGCGUGCCCCACGUGACAUCCAAGUGGCCGCCGCGGAAGCCGCCGCGAUGGUGGAGUUGGACCGCGAGUGUUUGAAGAAGGAGGAGGAAGAGCUGAGCGAGAUUGUGGAACUGCCGAACUUAGAAGAGAGCUUGAAAUCCGUGGAGUCGAGAAGUGAGUUCGCAGUUCUUGAGUCUGUGGAUAGUUGGUUGUACCCUCCAAUGGCAGUGGGAAGCAUUUGCGAGAUGAUGGUCGGCGAACAUGACUGUGGAUUCUUCCAUUUUCAGAGCGACCAUCAUCAAACAUGUUCUGUUUAG